GAGGCUCGAUGUGUCAUCACGCAGCUGUUUAGCGCAUUAAAUUACCUCAAUCAGAUCGAUCCCCCCGUUAUCCACUUCGAUCUGAAACCGGCGAAUAUUCUGUAUCAAAACAAUGAGAUAAAGGUGACCGAUUUCGGGCUAUCCAAAGUAAUGAAGGAGUGUGAUCUGGUCAACGGCGAUGAGAUGGAGCUCACCAGUCAAGGCGCUGGCACGUACUGGUACCUGCCACCCGAGACCUUCCUGCUGAAUAACAGCGUGACUAUCUCGUCUAAGGUGGAUGUGUGGUCUGCCGGGAUUAUCUUCUACCAGUUGCUGUACGGGAAGCGCCCGUUUGGGGAUGAGAUGUCACAGAACUCGCUGAGACAAACUGGGACGAUACUAAACGCGCGCGAGGUGACUUUCCCGCCAAGGCCCGUGGUCUCAGAUGAUACGAAGGAGUUCAUCAGCUUGUGCUUGACAUACAACAAGGAAGCCCGGCCGGACGUACUGACCAUGUGCCGAUUCCCUUAUUUGGCAAGCGGAAAGAGGUAGCUGUUGAGGCAUAAAUAGCUCAAUUUGUCCGCAGGUGACAGAAAGGUGACAAAAUAAAAAAUGUUUUUAGGAA